UGAGUCACGUGACUUUGAAUCGCGGGAAAAUCUUGGCGAGGACAAUAAGAGAUCUACAAAGGGCUAUCUGCCAAACAAAAUUUUUAAUUAUGGAUGUUGCUGAACAAACGAUUGUUACAAAGCAAGUGAAAGAUCAAGUUGGCGAAAGAUGUCAAAAAUUGUUUCAGGAUUUUCUUGAAGAGUUCAGGGUGGACGGUGAGCAGAAGUACACAGUAGGAAUUAAUGACCUUGGAAGACCCGAGAGGAAUACCUUGACAGUCAGUUUUGAGGAUGUAGACAAGUUCAAUCAGAAUCUUGCCACCACCAUUCUUGAGGAAUAUUAUAGAGUGUUUCCAUAUUUGUGUAGAGCGGUCAAAAAUUUUGUCAAGGACUAUGCUCAGACUCCACAAGGAAAAGAAUACUAUGUCAGUUUCACAGAUGUUCCUACCAGACUCAAGGUGAGGGAGAUGACAACAGCUAAAAUUGGAACCCUCCUCAGAAUCUCUGGUCAGGUGGUGCGGACACACCCGGUUCACCCGGAGCUGGUUCUUGGCACAUUUAUGUGUCUUGACUGUAGAACAGUCAUUCCGGAUGUAGAGCAGCAGUUCAAAUUCACACAGCCCAGUAUCUGUAGAAACCCUGUGUGUAACAACAGAUCACGCUUUAUGUUAGACGUCAACAAAUCCAAGUUUGUUGACUUCCAGAAAGUCCGAAUCCAGGAGACACAAGCUGAACUUCCCCGGGGAAGCAUUCCAAGGAGUGUGGAGGUUAUUCUUAGAGCAGAAGCUGUAGAGAUGGCUCAGGCCGGAGACAAGUGUGAUUUUACGGGAACUCUCAUUGUGGUACCUGAUGUUUCCACCAUGUCUUUGCCAGGUGCCAGAGCUGAAACCUCUACAAGAAUGAAGGGAGCGGAGGGAUAUGAAACAGAGGGUGUCCGUGGGCUAAAAGCCCUAGGAGUCCGAGAUCUGGCCUACAGGUUAGCCUUCCUAGCCUGUUCAGUGUCCUCCAGUAAUCCAAGGUUUGGAGGUCGUGAUCUUCGAGAUGAUGAAAUGACAGCUGAGACUCUGAAGAAACAGAUGACGGCCGAUGAGUGGCAGAAAGUGUACGACAUGUCACAGGACAAGAAUCUCUACCACAAUCUCUGUACCAGUCUCUUUCCAACCAUUCAUGGCAAUGAAGAAGUCAAGCGUGGUAUUCUACUUAUGUUGUUUGGAGGUGUUCCUAAGGUCACUCUUGAGAAAACCAAUCUCCGUGGUGACAUCAACAUAUGUGUAGUAGGAGACCCAAGCACGGCCAAAAGCCAAUUUCUGAAACAGGUGGAGGAGUUCAGCCCUCGGGCUGUUUAUACCAGUGGGAAGGCAAGUUCUGCUGCUGGUCUGACAGCAGCUGUGGUGAGGGAUGAAGAGUCUCACGAGUUUGUGAUAGAGGCAGGUGCUCUCAUGUUGGCUGACAAUGGGGUGUGCUGUAUUGAUGAAUUUGAUAAAAUGGAUCCCAAGGACCAAGUGGCCAUUCAUGAGGCUAUGGAACAGCAGACAAUCUCCAUCACUAAGGCUGGAGUCAGGGCUACCUUGAAUGCCAGGACAUCCAUUUUGGCAGCUGCCAAUCCCAUUGGAGGAAGAUAUGACAGAACCAAAUCUCUGAAGCAGAACAUCACUCUGACAGCCCCCAUCAUGUCAAGAUUUGAUCUUUUCUUUAUCUUGGUGGAUGAGUGUAAUGAGGUGACUGACUACGCCAUUGCCAGGAGAAUUGUUGACUUGCAUAGCAGGAACGAGGAGUCAGUUGACCGUGUAUACUCUGUGGAGGAUGUCACUAGAUAUCUCAUGUUUGCAAGGCAAUUCAAACCUAAGAUUAGUACUGAUGCCCAGGAGUACAUGAUAGAGGAGUACAAGAGACUGAGACAGAGGGAUGGAUCAGGAGCACACAAGUCAGCCUGGAGGAUCACGGUACGACAGCUGGAGAGCAUGAUCCGGCUCUCAGAGAGCAUGGCCAGGCUCUACUGUGUGGAUGAGGUGCAGCCAAAACAUGUAAAGGAGGCUUUCCGUCUGCUCAACAAAUCUAUUAUCCGUGUCGAACAACCAGAUGUUCAUCUGGAAGAAGACGAGGAAAAAGACAAGCAAGAGGAGAUGGAAGUAGAAGAAGAUGCAGAGACUCCAGCUGAAGCAACAGGUCCUGAUGGAGAUGCUCCAGCUCCACCUAAGAAAGGCCUGAAGCUGACUUACGAGGAGUACAAACAGAUGGCCAAUUUAAUGGUGCUGUACAUGAGAAGGCAGGAGGAAGAGGCUCUUGAAGAUGAAACUCCAGGCUUGAGGAGAAGCGAAUUGAUUGGCUGGUAUCUCAAGGAAUUGGAGUCAGAGAUCGACUCGGAAGCUGAACUUAUUGAAAAAAAGACAGUAGUGGAGAAAGUCAUCGAGAGAUUAGUACACCAUGACCAUGUUUUGAUUGAGUUAACACAGACAGGAAUGAAAGGACAAGAUAGCUUGGUGAGAGAGGAUGACCCAUACAUCGUCGUACAUCCAAACUAUGUCAUGGAUGUGUGAAAGUGACCCUUACAUCGCCAUACAUCCAAAUUAUGUCAUACAUGUAGAUGUGUGAAAAUGACCUUUGGUUUGGAAAGGUGUUCUGAUACUAUUACUAGACUUGGACUUGUUCAUAUUGCAGACAAAUUUUGCAGGUUUGAGAAAAUUGGUAAAGGGAGAAGACUCUUAUGUUGGUACCUGUUAUUUUAUCAUGCUUAAUGAGAUGUGAAAGAAAUACUACUGUUCAUAUGGAGAUUUCUCAAGAUUUUGAAACUUUUUAUUAUAGAACUAUUGUAUUAAGCUGAUUUUCAUAAGACUUUUGUUACAGUAUGUAAUGUUUCAAUGAAUUUUUAAUGCGUAUUUAUUGCUUAUAAUCUUAUUAAUGCUGAGAAACAAUUAUUUUACUGUGAAGAAAAUAAUGGUGACCAUAUGUUAUUGCUACUGUGUUCAAGUGAAUAUACCAUAUUGUAUGUAAAAUCAAUAGUGUAUAUGACUGGUCUACAUACUUCAUAUUUUCAAUGCAUUUUUGAUGCUUUACUUUGUACCCUUAUGAAGCAUUGCUGCUAAAUGUCAUACAAGUCUUUCAUCACAUAUUUGAUAUUUGUUAUUUUGUGGAUCAUCAUCUUUCAUGUACACCUCCUGAAGACCUGGUUUUCCAAAUCAUUUGAAAUGCAGGUUAGUACCUAGCAAUGAGUGUGCUAGUGUGUUGUAUAUUCUUUACUCAGAAUAGUAUAGAAUCUAUCUCUGAAUUCAAAGUACAGCUGUUCAUAUGCCACUUGAGAAAAAUUGCAAAGAAUAAAGAAAUAUUAAUUAUGA